GGCUAUAGGCCUAUGACAGCUAAUGCUAUGUUAGCUUAAGCUAGUCAGUGUUUAUGUUGAUGUCUGUGCUUAACGCGACAAAACAAAUAUUUAAAUGAGAUAUUACUGCCUAUCUUUGGCUAUAUUUGUCAGCUACUCUUUCGCUGGAGAAUAUGUUCAUUUUGAAACUUGGCAAACGCACUUAGCGAGCGGAAGCUAGUCAACGCUAGCCACGAUGCUAAUUUGAAGCUAAUAGUAUUGUCGGUAUCUGGUGUAACGCUGCUUCCCUGCUUAGGUUAACCAAACCUGGCGUUGUUCUGUUUGUGCGAGUGAUGUUGGUAAUAAAUGGAUGAAUGAAUGAGGGGUGCACUGACGAUGGCGUUGACUGUGGACGUUCCGCCAGAGUAAUUCAGCAGGGUGAGCUCGGAUGCAACGAUGUCUUGUAAAUCAACCAAAGUGGCCCCGAGUGUUGAUUUCGACCACAGUUGCUCUGACAGUGUGGAAUAUUUGACUCUCAAUUUUGGCCCGUUUGAGACUGUUCACCGCUGGAGAAGGCUUCCUCCAUGUGAUGAGUUUGUUGGAGCAAGGCGCAGCAAGCACACCGUUGUGGCAUACAGGGAUGCUAUAUACGUGUUUGGAGGAGACAAUGGGAAGAACAUGCUAAAUGACUUGCUCCGUUUUGAUGUGAAGGACUGCUCGUGGUGUCGAGCCUUCACCACUGGAACGCCACCUGCUCCCAGAUAUCAUCAUUCAGCUGUUGUGUAUGGCAGCAGCAUGUUUGUUUUUGGUGGCUACACUGGAGACAUCUACUCAAACUCAAACCUCAAAAACAAGAAUGACCUUUUUGAGUACAAGUUUGCAACAGGGCAGUGGACAGAAUGGAAAGUGGAGGGCAGUUUGCCAGUAGCAAGGUCUGCACAUGGUGCCACAGUGUACAGUGAUAAACUGUGGAUAUUUGCUGGCUAUGAUGGGAAUGCCAGGCUGAAUGACAUGUGGACUAUCAGCCUCCAGGACAGAGAACAUGCUUGUUGGGAGGAGAUUGAUCAAAGUGGUGAGAUCCCCCCAUCCUGCUGCAACUUUCCUGUGGCCGUAUGUAGGGACAAGAUGUUUGUGUUUUCUGGACAGAGUGGUGCGAAGAUAACCAACAACCUCUUCCAGUUUGAAUUCAAUGGUCACAUAUGGACACGCAUCCCUACAGAACACUUGCUGCGAGGCUCUCCUCCACCUCCUCAGAGACGUUACGGGCACACCAUGGUAGCUUUUGACCGCCAUUUGUAUGUGUUUGGAGGUGCUGCCGACAACACUCUGCCCAACGAGCUGCACUGUUACGAUGUGGACUCUCAGACAUGGGAGGUGAUCCAGCCCAGCCUGGACAGUGAGAUGCCCAGUGGGAGACUCUUCCACGCAGCUGCUGUGAUUCAAGAUGCCAUUUACAUCUUUGGAGGGACUGUGGAUAACAAUGUGCGAAGUGGAGAGAUGUAUAGGUUCCAGUUCUCAUGCUACCCCAAGUGUACUCUCCAUGAGGACUAUGGCAAACUCUGGGAGAACCGUCAGUUUUGUGAUGUGGAAUUUAUUCUUGGCGAGAGGGAAGAGAAAGUCUUGGGCCACAUUGCUAUAGUAACCGCUAGGUGCCAGUGGCUGCGUAAGAAAAUCCUGCAGGCUCGGGACAGGCAGAGACAGAAGAUUAAACAGGAGAGCAGUGAGGAAAGUGAUGAAGGGGCAGCUGGAGGUCCAAAGGAUAUCCCGGAGGGGAACAGGCCUUCAGGAACUCAGCCGCUGCUUGAAGUGUGUAUCAGAGAAGCAGAGGCUCAGCCGUUUGAAGUCUUAAUGCAGUUUCUCUACACAGACAAGAUCCAGUACCCACGCAGAGGCCAUGUUCAGGAUGUUCUUCUAAUCAUGGAUGUAUACAAGCUCGCCCUCAGUUUUAAACUUUCUCGACUGGAGCAGCUCUGUGUGCAGUACAUUGAGGCAUCUGUAGACCUGCAGAACGUUCUCAGUGUUUGUGAAAAUGCCAACAAGCUGCAGCUGGACCAACUGAAGGAACACUGCCUUAAUUUUGUGGUAAAGGAAUCACACUUCAACCAGGUGAUUAUGACAGAAGAGUUCGAACACCUGUCCACACCACUGAUUGUGGAAAUAGUGCGACGUAAACAGCAACCUCCCCCAAGGCUGUACUCUGAUCAGCCUAUGGAUAUCGGAACCUCCCUGGUGCAGGACAUGAAAGCUUACCUGGAAGGAGGUGGCCUGGAGUUCUGUGACAUUAUUCUGCUGUUAGACGGACACCCACGUCCUGCUCAUAAAGCCAUACUGGCAGCCCGCUCCAGUUACUUUGAGGCGAUGUUCCGCUCCUUCAUGCCUGAGGACGGUCAGGUGAAUAUUUCUAUUGGCGAGAUGGUUCCAAGUAAACAGGCUUUUGAGUCCAUGCUGCGCUAUAUUUACUAUGGAGACGUCAACAUGCCUCCUGAGGACUCCCUCUAUCUGUUUGCAGCACCGUAUUACUAUGGAUUCUCAAAUAAUAGGUUACAGGCUUAUUGUAAGCAGAAUCUGGAGAUGAACGUCACUGUGGAGAAUGUCUUGCAGAUUCUGGAAGCAGCUGAUAAGACUCAGGCUCUGGACAUGAAGAAGCACUGCCUCCACAUUAUUGUCCAUCAGUUCAUUAAGGUAUCCAAGCUUCCUAACCUGCGGUCUCUGAGCCAGCUGCUGCUGUUGGACAUCAUUGAGUCUCUAGCUACACACAUAUCAGACAAACAGUGUGCUGAGAUGGGCUCUGACAUAUAGGAUGACAUGGACAGACAGGUGUAUUCUCUUCAAACAAGCCGUGCAUGUCUGCUCCACCUUCUACUCAUUCCCUCCUUCAUGCAGUACGUUUUUAUGUUGGUCCUUGCAUGUUAUGAGCCCCACAGUUGCCUUAAUUUCAUGCCAUAUGAAACUUGUUUAUGUGAAAAUGCUGUCAGAUGUAUGUUAUCUGCAUCUCAGUCCACAGAGAAACAACUAGCUAAAUUAUAGCUCAGGAAAGAUCACUGAUCAGAAAGUGUUAUAUAUAUACACACAUUUUUAAUUUAGAGUUCAUACAACAGUUUCCCCAAGGUUUCAUUAGUUUUUUUUUUUAAGACAAAUAUUCAGUGUAUCAUAGAAAUUAAAUUAGUGGCUCGAGGAAGGUUUCUGCUUCUGUCCACUGCAAAUACAUCAAGUGACUGUGUAACAUGUUUCCACUCCACGUGACUUGUUUUAACUUUAUAGACAUCUUGUAUUUUGAUUUUAGCAAAGCUGUACUAAAUGCUGUGGGGACUGAAAAUCAGAAUGUGUACUUUGUUCAGUGCUUGGCUGACAUUAGCACAGAAACUAUUACUGAUAUUAACCACUUCUUAACUGCAAUUGACAAACAUGAGCUCGUUAUUUGUGCAAUACAAAAACAUGGAUUGAGUGACUUUUCUGUGCUGUUAAUGCAUUCCAUGUAUUUAAGGCCUUAAUAAAUCUCUUGUGAAAUGGCUUGUGUUAA